UGAUGGCGGGUAUCUUUUUCUUAUGAUCGUUUCUGUUAAAUAAAAGAGAACGCUUUAUUGAUGUUACAUAUUUAUAAAACAAAGACAAUUAAUAAAUACAUCAAUAAAUAAAUACAGUUUGCAUUAGCGACCGGUACAAUGCAAAUACCUGGCACUGCCGCUCUGGGAUUAUGUUAAAAGUGUCAUACAGAAUAGUGGCAGAGUCGCGUAGGCGAUAUGUAUUUAUUUUAUAAGAAGUGUGUUCAUUUCUUCAGUCUAAAAUCAUCAUAAUAAUAUAUUUAUAAAAACAAUUGACCUCAGCCCAGGCGUCAGGUGUGGACCAGGCAGUGGGGAUGGGGCUGGUGGGCUUCAGCCUGCUCCUCUUCAUAUACUACACACUGUGGGUUAUCGUUCUGCCCUUUGUAGACAGCGAUCACGUGAUCCACGGCUACUUCCUGCCCCGAGAGUACUCCGUCAUACUGCCGGGCAUUGCUGCUCUCCUUCUCGUUUUAUUUGUUGGGACGUUUAUCGCGGUGGUAAUGUGGAAGAACAGAAAACCAAAGAAGACACAGUGAAGAGAGAAAGAAGCCCCAUUCAGAGCCACGGAAACAUUCCUGGAGUCUGCAGGGCGGCAGUGCUGUGUCUGCGGUUCAUUAACACAGAGAGAAUGGAGGGACAGUGGCUGUUCAAUUCCCCUUGAAACCCUGACAAGUACAACUGCAGAUUGAUUUUCAGUCAAAGGCUCCUUAUUUUAUUUGUAAAUCAAGUGUACCUUAGAUCAUUUCAGAAAAAUCUAUCGCUGUGUAAACUGAGCUACUUACUGUGUGUAAGCUAUGUAGCAUCGUGUGCUAAAAUAACUAAUGCAGUGAAAUCCGCUUAAUAGAAUCGCUGGCUAGUUAAAACUACCCUAAUGGUGUAAUGAAAAAUCUCUUUGCUACCACUUUGUUUUAAGUGAUCAAAAUAAACAUGCUCACGUUAAGAGGUUUUCACUGUAUUUUUAACCACAUUUUCUUUGGUGUUACUCCUGUAAAAAUCCAGGAGGACGGCCUUACCUGAAGUAACAGUAGAUAGCCCUGGAUUAGUGAUAAUCCGGGUCUGUGAAACUCACUCGGUGUCCUCUCCAGAAAGGGUGCUGUUAUUACUGCCCAUCGUGCAAGGCUUGUAAGAAGCAGAUUUCAUUAUUAGCAUAGAAAGCGUUUAUUGCAAAAAAUAUAUAUAUAUUUUUUUGUUGUAAAAUAUUCUAUAAUUGACCCAGUAAACAUAAAAUGAAGCUGG